ACAGAGAGAGAGAGAGAGAGAUAGAGAGCCUACACCACAUCACAUGAGUCUUUCAUAAAUCUAUGGCAAUUACAUUCUCUAUUUAAAGUUUAAUGAGAGUUCUGUUCGAAGGCUGAUUGCACAUCCUUAAACAAAAAGUCGUUGGCGAGAGAAAGCAGUAUUCCUAGAACUCAGAGCCGGGAGUGUUCAGUCCAUCAUGACCGAUAGGAGGCGGUAUAGCACACUCUAGCAAGCGCACUUCUGGAAUUCCAGCCCUGGGACACUGUUCCAUCUCUAUUUUGAUUUGCCUCCUAAUUGACCUAAAUAACGCAUCGGGCUGACUGGAUCCUACAAGCCCCUCAAGGCAGGCACUCACACGCACUAAAGUGGGCUUAGCGCAAGAAAUUCCUCCCCAUUUUUCAGCUGCCGUCCUACAUCCAGUAGUGGGACAUUAUUCCUUUCGUCUCGCUUGGCGAAGGAUUCCGAUCGCAUCCCUGCCUACCGCACGAGGUUCUCAUGGACAUUGCUGCACGCGCAUUCGCGAGACACAGGCACGGUCGAUGGAAGAGGCUCUGUCACACUCAACCGGAUGCCUUGAGCGAAACAGUCGCGGAUGUAGGAGCACGAGUGCGGUGACGCCGAAAGAUCCGCAAACAGAGGAACGUUUCAGGAAUAUGCCAGAGAAAGUGUGCGACGCACCGUCUAGAGUCUCGUCAUUUUUAAUUGAGGACUUGCUUCGCUCCAGCAAGAGAGAUGAUAGAAAGGCUACUAUUGAAAGCGGAGGCUUCUGCAAAGACCGGGGUAUUGCAAGUCAUUGCGACCAAGUUCAAGGCCAUGUGCAGAACCUCGGGUUAAGCUUGGCGGAAGGCGCACACAUAUCGAAAUGGUGUGGAUCACCACACCGUAGCGACCUAAGAUACGUCAAGAGCCCGGUGAGUCACACGGAAAUCUCCAGCGACCAGUGUCAGCUGUCAGAAAACCGAGAAUCUUCAUGUGUCUCUGAGGGAACGGAGGAUCACGAGGAAACUGAGGGAGGAGAUGGGGAGAGUCUUGCCGACGAGAAAGACGACGACAACGACCCCAACUCCCCGAGCAUCGAACGAGCAGAUGGUGAGGUGUACGGAGCGAAGGUGGUCCGUAAGAAAAAAACUCGCACAGUGUUCAGUCGGAGUCAGGUAUUUCAGCUGGAGUCCACGUUCGACGUUAAACGUUACCUGAGCAGCGCCGAGCGCGCAGGGCUCGCGGCCUCUCUCCACCUGACCGAGACGCAGGUUAAGAUUUGGUUCCAGAACCGCCGGAACAAGUGGAAGCGACAAAUCACAGCCGACAUGGAAGCAGCUAAUCUAUGCUACUCGACUCAGAGGGUAGUCAGGGUACCUAUCCUAUACCACGAACACCCGGCGCCUGCUACGCUCAAUUUGGGCGCAACACAGGCGUCACCGCCUUUGGUUGGAUUUCCCGGCAGUGUGAAUUAUUCUUUCUCUUCGCUCACACCUCCCUUCCAGUUUGUAAGGUCACAGAUGACAGGUCUCGUGUGACGCCACGGAACCAAGCUGGACACACAAUGUGUGUAUCAUAUUGAGGAUCGAACGAAGUGCAAUGGCCCCGUGACUGCGACACAUCAAUACUUUUGAGGACUUACUUACAUCUCUCAAGGAUGAAUUUAAACAUAAAAUAGACCUAUUGAUUGGAAAAGUAGAGAAAUCAAAAGAACGACCGAGAAAGCAAAGGUUAUCUACCAACGCAAUAUUGUAUGUCUUACAAUUACUUUAUUUUGAACUUUUAUUUAAAAUUUUAUAACUUGGAUUUUGUACUACAUGGUCAACAAAUAAAAUGUAUAAAAUAAAAUGUAUACUGUAC